GGCAUGUAGAGACGUAACUUUUGACAGAUUGCAGCGAGAAGGCUCUCGUAUGGACAAAUGGCUUCAGGAUAGAAAGCUCUGGCUUUUUGGCAGCACGCUACCCUUGCUGCCAAGAAGGUCACGUGCGCCAAGCAAGACUAUGGAGAGGUACGAAAGGUUGGCACGUCUCGGAGAGGGUAGUUAUGGAGUUGUCUUCCAAUGCAGAGAUCGACAAACUGGCAGAUUGGUUGCUGUAAAGAAGUUCCAACAAACGGAAGAUGAUCCUCUCAUACGAAAGAUUGCCCUCAGAGAGAUACGACUUCUCAAGAACCUCAAACAUCCAAAUUUGGUCAAUCUACUGGAGGUGUUCAGGCGGAAAAGGAAGCUACAUCUAGUCUUUGAAUAUUGCGAACACACGUUGCUCAAUGAGAUGGAGAAGUAUCCAAAGGGAUGUCCAGAACUAACAAUAAGACAACUUACAUGGCAGAUCCUCCAAGGGGUAUCCUACUGUCAUCGACUUGGAUGCGUUCACAGGGAUGUGAAACCAGAGAACAUUCUUAUCACCGCUGAUGGUGUAGUGAAACUCUGCGACUUUGGGUUUGCCAGAAUGCUCAGUCCAGGUGAAAAUUAUACGGAGUAUGUUGCAACAAGAUGGUAUAGGGCUCCGGAAUUACUGGUUGGAGAUACCCAGUACGGAACACCGGUUGACGUUUGGGCAAUCGGUUGCGUCUUUGCUGAGUUGAUACGUGGUGAAGCUCUCUGGCCUGGAAAAUCUGAUGUCGAUCAGUUAUAUCUUAUAAGAAGAACAUUAGGGGAUCUUUUACCUAGACAUAUGGCUAUCUUCCAACAAAAUGAAUUCUUUGCGGGUGUAACGCUGCCCACCCCACAAACGCUCACCCCUCUCGAAACUGCGCUGCCUAAUAGAACUAACACUCCUCUACAACUUAUAUUUUUCACACAGCUUGAUUUUCUACAAAAAUGCUUGGACAAAGAUCCUCAAGAACGGUGGACGUGUGAUCAACUCUUGCAACAUGAUUACUUUGAGAACUUUCAUUUCAAAAUGCCAGAGGUGGAAUACGAGGAAUUUGAAAAACUCAGAAAAUAUCGUGAUAGAUCUAGGCCCUUUUUAUACUUUAGAAUCAAAACAUCAGUCAAAUGGUAUUGCCACAACUUCAUAAGCCUGGUGGAAACUUUCAAAGUCAUAAUUCAAACGAACAUCAACCUAAAAGUUCAACGCUACAACAGCAAGAUUUUGACCAUCUACCGACCAUACGAGGCUGCAACUAAUCCUCUUUAUUAUUGUAAUAUAUAUUUCUUUACAGCUUUUUAAACUUACAAUGAUUUAUAAUUGUUUUUCUUACACAUAUUUGUGUGCAUGUAUACAAUCAAUGCUUUUAUAGGCUUGCACAUUUCUUUCAUAUUAUUAGAAAUUAA